AUGGCUCUUUCAAAAGCCAAUGGACGAAAAAUUUGUGUAUUAACAUUUUUGGUUUUUUUGUGGCUAAGUGAGGCUAAGGUAUCAGAAAAUAAGACCCAUUCGGCCGAAGCGAAAACUUCAUUUAAGAUGAGCGACGGAGCAGCUCUAAUGUUUGCCGACGAGUUCAAACUCACGCUGGAGCGCUACCUCUUCGGCAUUUGCCCACAAAGCUACAAGAUGCCGCUGGUCGUCAAGGGCAGGAACGGCACGACCCUCGCCUGUGACCUAGACAAGGAGCAGCAAGACCUGGCGGGCAGGCUAGCAACAUUGGCAUUGCGCGCGCAUUCGGCCACGCGGUCCGAUUGCUCUCGGCUCGGCGCGGCGCUCGCCAACACGCUCGGCGAGCUUGCUCGCACCGCGGCCGAAAGACACGCCUUUAACGCCGCGGCCGCCAUCGAGAUAAAGAAGAGGAAGCUCUCAAAGAGCCAGAAGGCGAAGAUCCAAGCGAAGCAGAGAACCGCUCUGGCCGUCAAGAAGAAGGCCGCCGCUGCAGCCGCCGCCGCUGCCGCCAAAAUGGCCUCU